AUGCUAUAUGUGCACCGUAUGGAAGCAGUCACAAAUGUUGUUGAAUGGACUGAGAGGAAUGAGGAUUGUUCCCUACUUGGGCAAUCUACGUGGCUCUUGAUGAGUAACCUGGCAAUGAUGCUUUUCUCGCUGACACACCUUCAUACGAAGAAGAUGAAGAGAUCUUUGACGACAUGGAUAUGUGAUGAUGAUCUCUGUAUCUUCAUGCUGAACUACAGUCUGUAG